AUGGAGGACAUCAAGAGAGUCUCUGUAUGGAUUCAAUUACCUAGAUUGCCACUUAGGUAUUGGACAGGAACUAUCUUGAGCCGAAUGAUCAGUACCAUUGGGAAAUUGAUAGAAAUGGAUGACAUGACUACUCAGAGAAUGCAUACUGGAUUUGCCAGAAUUCUUGUGGAAAUGGAGAUACAAGAUACAGUGUCGAAGGAGAUAUGGUACAAAGAUGAGAUGGGUAGUUUGCAGGAACAAGAAAUCAGAUAUGAGUGGAAGCCGGUGAAAUGUGGGAUGUGUAAAGGGUUUGGUCAUGAGGCGAAUACUUGUAGAGCAUUGAAAGAUAAUGAGCAGAAGAGGAAAGUGGUUGAGAAAGAUAAGGGGAAGGUAGAAGUGUCCCAAGACCUGAUUAGCAGAACUGAGCAAGCUGAUAAGACGGUUGCAGAGAAAGAAGAGGGUGAGUUAAGUGCCAACUUGGAGAUCUUAUCUAAGGAUGGUACCAAAAAAGAUAAGGUCCUGGUGUUAGAUCAGAGAACUCUGCCUCAGAAGGAUGAUAUUGGUCAGCAGCAGUACUAG